ACCUUGUUGUAAGUGACUCUGCAGCUGAUGCAUAGUUCACACACCCUAGUCUCUGUAAGUCUGUAAGUCGCCUUGGAGAAAGGCAUCUGCUAAAUAAACAAAUAAUGAUAGUAAAUAGCAGUUGCCAUGCACAGUGUAAAACAGUAGAAUCUGUGCACGGGUUACCAACAAUUAAGAAUGUUGCAUAGUUUUCUGUUGAAUGGGGACUUUAAUUAGGGGUAGAACUUUAAAUAUAAUCAAGAUAUUAUAAAGAUUAGAGGAUGUAGAGCCAUUAAACUGAUCUCUUUUUUGUUUCUCUGGAGUAUUUAUUACCUAAAACCUCCACCAUCUUCUCCAGCUCUGCCAAACCACAGAGGGAAAGCAUGUGCGUGGUGGGGUUUCUCAACAUCCAGACGUGUCAGGACUACUGAGUAUUUAAUUGGUACCCCCAUGCCGAUCAGCAAUGCUUUUAAUAUGCAGUACUUAAGAGAAGCUCUCCUUACUUCUUACUGAAAAACAGAUAUAUUUCUUUUAGGGAAAAAAAAACCAAAAUUAUCUUCCCUGACGUGAAUCUUAAAAAAAAUCAAGGCUGAUGAAAACCAUGUUUUGUCUUUAAGAGAGAAGGAACAAAUCUAUUGUGACAUCACAGAGACACACAUCAUCAACACAAAGGAACAGCUGAAGUGUAGCCUGCCAAUACAGUGCUGCACUGCCCUUAUAAUCUUCAGGAUGUCACGCUUGGCACAUAACUUACUUAUCUAUUGUUCAGCAUAGGCGUGGUUAUGAGGUAGUAGCCGAGGAAAUUCAGGGAGAGGUGUUUUGGAUUUGCAGUGGGAGCCAGAUCUUUAACAAAUUAGGCUGAUCCUUCUCGGUGUAUCCGAUCGUGGUUCUCCUGUUAUUUGGAACUUUUGAUUUUGGAAGAGCAUGGAAAUGGGCAACCAGCAUCCCUCCAUGAUUCGGCUCCAGGAAAUCAUGAAGGAAGUCAAGGACCUCAGCUCACAGGUGGUGUCUUUCAGUGGCCUGCAAACUGACAAGGAUUACUGCAAACUGGAAAGAGCUUUGACCAGACAGCUGUUUGAGAUUGACUCGGUGGACACGGAGAACAAGGGGGACAUCCAGAGGGCUAAGAGGGGGGCCACCCAUGAGGUCCAAAGUCUGCUUGAGAUUCUACAGCAAAACGUCAACCACCCGUCCCGGGUGGAGAUCGAGAGGAUCUACCUUGAGGCACAGAACCUGGUCGCCCAGGAGGUGACACCGCUGAGGGGAGGAGGGGGAACCAUCAGCGACGAGUUUGUGGAUGGCAUCCAGGAUGUCAUUUUGAGACUGACUCAGAUCAGAACCGGGGGAAAAGUACAUUUGCGGAAAGCCAGGUACCGUGCACUGACUAGGGUGUGCGCAGUGCAGGAUAUCAUAGAGAGCUGCAUGAAGCAGCAGGCUCUAUCACUCCCCCUUUCCAACAACACCCAUGGCUCAGUCACCAAGAUCAACUCCAUCAUGGUGGAGGUCAACAAGUCCCGUGGUGACUUUAUCGCUCUCCUGAUGGGACUGAACAGCGGGGACAGCUGCGGGCGCCUCUCCCGGGUGCUCACAGGGUUUCUUGUCGAGCUGGAUGCCCUGGAUGUAUCCGGGAACACAGAGGUCCGAAACUACAGGAAGCAGGUGGUAGAGGAGAUCAACGGGCUGCUGAAACACUUGGACCUGGAAGGAGAAGGGGACGCCACCUGCAGGUAUGACCUGGCCCAGAAUGAUUCCAUCCAGAAAAUCGAGCAGAUCCGUCACACGGUGGCCCAACUGCGGGGCCAUCUCCUAACGAUCGAGAAAGCCAACGAGCUUCACUUCAAACACAAGGCAGAGCUGCAGGGGCUGCUGACCAGGCUGGACGAGGUGAGCACUGCCAGGAACCCCUGCAUCCGUGAAGCCAGGCGGAGGGCGGUUUUGGAGGUGCAGGCUGUCAUCACCUACAUUGACCUGAUCGAAGCGCUGAGGAAGAGGGCCGGCGAUACCUGCAUGGAGGAGCACCCCUCCCACAAGGCUGUCUGGAACGUGCUGGGGAGCCUCUCCGAACUGCAGAGGCAGGUGCUUGUCUUUGAAGGCAAAAGAGCAGACAAGAACUAUAAGUUGCUGGAGGAACUUCUCACCAAGCAACUCUUAGCGCUUGAUGCAGUUGAUCCCCAAGGAGAUGAAAUGUCCAAAAUUGCCCGGAAACAGGCAGUCAAGUUUGCUCAGAACAUCCUCAGCUACUUGGAUAUGGAGACAGAUGAAUGGGAAUACUAGUACAUGUAUGAUGUCACUCGUAUUAAUCGUUCUUUGUACCUUGGGUUUGUAACAUAUCAUAAAAACAGUAUGUCAUUUUCGACUGACUGAAGAUCCAUAUGAAAAAAAACCGAUAAAAUGUCAGUCUCUGCAAAGACAACUGGGUAAUCCUUUUAGUUUUUUUUUUUUUUUUUUUCAACUCUAUGACAAAAUACAGAUCCUUAUUUUGAAGAGUGUUAAUGUAAUUUAACGUGCCCUUUAAAAGCCAGCAUAUUUGAUCCUGAACUACUUUGGGUUUGUUUUAUUAGAAUUGCACUAGUUUAAAUACAUAUGCCCCUUGGACUACAGUUGCUCCCUGUCAUAUUUCACUGCUUAUACUUUUCCGCCUGAAUAUCUGUGAAUUAUUCAAGUGACCUGUAUAUAGUAUCUGCUUUCAUAAUCUUUAAGCUGGUUAAAAAAUAUAAUUAAAUAGUGUAUUGUUUAGUGUAAACUCUUAAAAAAAACAACAUUAAUUUAUUGUAUAGCAAAUGCCAAAAAACAUCAUUUAACGACACUGUCUUCUGCCAUUUAUGCCUUGUACUGAGUACAGAAUUGUGUGAUUGAGUGAGUGGUUAAUCAAGUCACAUCAAAAUGUAACCAGUUAUGUACAUUAGAAAUGUAUUUAUUAGAUAUUUUACCAUUCCUAAACAGUGCACUAAAGUGUAUGAGUGGUGUAACAAGUAUGUAUGUAUGUUGCUACAGUGUAGUAAAAAAAAUAAUGUUUGCAGUAAAAUAAAUGUGAUAAUAAAAUGCAUGCUAAACUAGAUUUCAGUUUUAGAAAGUAGUGAAUAGCAGGAAGUAAAUCAUUUUCCACCCUUUGUUAUUUUGUUAAGUUGUUGCCAAUGUAAGCUGAAUGACGGAUCUCACAGCAGACAUAAAUGAUUUAAUUUCAAGCACUUAAGUGUGGGUUUGUGGUGACUGAAAUUAAAUAACAGCAGUUAUUUCAGUAGUAUGGAGAUGAAAACAUCAAUGCCUACUAAUGAAAUGAAAGGGGUUGCCAUAUUUAAUCUCCACGGCUGGCUCAGGUUUUAAAAGAUUUGUGUACAGGGUAAGGCAUUGCAAACUCAAACGUUUUAUAUCAUGACAUUUGCAGAGGUUAGUAUAUCGCUGGGGAUUCUUUUUAACAUGCUGUUCUGUGGAGAAGCAUCUUUUAACUAACAUCAUCUUCAGGGGGUUGAGGUUUUACAGAGGGGGGUAAGCUUGGGUCCUGUUUGUCUCAGAGUGAAUCCUUCUGGGGAUAAAGUAUAUUGGUAAACAGGGUAGAAACAAGGGAUAGCAGUAGCUUAUGACCUUAUAAUAUGUGGUGUAAACAGAGAAGCAACACAAGGAACUCAAUUAUGUAUAUAUAUUAAGUAUGUGUGGGGAUGCUGGCUUUAUAUAUAUAUAUAUAUAUAUAUAUAUAUAUAUAUAUAUAUAUAUAUAUGAAUUUGAAAAUGCUUCAGCUGCUUGACUGGGUCGUGAACUAUCAUGAAAAAAAAGAAGGUCAGAAGCAGUAUUUUGUAUGUUCCCCUAAAGCAACAAUACAGCAUGAGCCUUCUAAUGCGGGGUGCUGCCUGGCCAUGUGUAUUUGAAAGCUGAAUUGCUCAUUUACUUUGCACAGUUUAUACAUGUUAUCCAACAAUUCUUAGUAAAAGCAGAAAAAUUGUAACUGCAACCUACUUUUUUUUGUUAGCACUGAUACCUGACUGGCAUUAAGACAAGUCUAUACCAUGGAAACCACUUUCUUUGAUUAAACUAUACAUGGGCGUUUGUUGUUAUGAAAUGUUAUGUUACAUGCUGUGGAUUGAGGUCAUGGUGACUGUACGGACACCUGUUAUUUGGCAAAGUAUGCUCACACUUUACUGUUUAUUUUAUCAACAGAAGUGUUUUUCUAGAUACUUAUUUUAACCCUUUUAACCCUUAUCCAGGGCGACUUACAAUUGUUACAAAAUAUCACAUUAUUUUUUUACAUACAAUUACCCAUUUAUACAGUUGGGUUUUUUACUGGAGCAAUCUAGGUAAAGUACCUUGCUCAAGGGUACAGCAGCAGUGUCCCCUACCAGGAAUUGAACCCAUGACCCUCCGGUCAAGAGUCCAGAGCCCUAACCACUACUCCACACUGCUGCCUUUUUAGUUAUCGAGUCUUGAUAUAAUAAAUAUUGAUCAGAUUCUAGUUUGUAGAUUUUUUUUAAACUCGAUCAAUAUCAGCAAACUAAUCAGCCAAGCCCCUUAUCCUGCUUUGAAGGUCUUUACAUCUGCAUUUAGUUAUUUGGUAUGUUUACAAUGAUGAAGUGGCUUAUUUCAAUAUUGAAGAUGUAAAAAUGAGUUGUGUGUUGAAUCAUUCUUGCGUGCAAUACCCACACUGUAUGUGCUGCUUUGAGUUGGAUGAAAAGUGUGUGUGUGUGUGUAUAUAUAUAUAUAUAACUAGCAGCCAAUAAAAACUUCAAUUUGGCUUC